AAGUGGUCACACUAUCCACUGGCGCGCACGUUUUUUAAUCAAGAAUUUCAGAUUAAUUUGUAAACCCAAAUGUUAUAAAAAUGGUGGACAACAUAUCGCUGAAUGUGAGUGCCAAGGCCUCGGCCGGGAAGCUGCAGCUACAGCAGCAGAAAUCCGCGCGACAGCCCGUGAGGAAACGCGCUCCAGCGUCCAACAAUUUCGAUUUUCAGUUCAAUGCGGAGAAGCCCAAGGUGAAAGCCAUAGUGGUGCGGCGACGGGUGCCUACCAAGGUGCAGGCAAAGGCUACGCCUGCUCCUGCUUCUGCUCCUGCUGCUGCUCCCGCUGCCGCUUCGUCGCCCGCUGGCGAUUUCAUGUUCAAUGCCACCGCAACCCAACCAGCUAACAGUGCAGCCCCAAAGCCCAGCCUGGGCCAUGAUCUAAUGCUCAAUGUCAGCGCAGCGCCGGUGGCCGCCUCAGUGGCCAAGACCAAGCCCAAGACCACGAGGGCCGAGCGCAUGGGCAGCAAGAAACGCAGCAAUCCGGUGUCCAAGCUGAGCGAAGAGCAGCUCAAUCGCGCCCUGAAGGCGCGCAAGGGCCAGCCGGAGAAUCCCAACAAAUUGCCACGCGCUGGCGACAUUUUCAAGGCGCAAAUAGAGGAGGAGCGAAGGAAGAAGAUGGCAGCAGAAGAACCAGAACGGGAGGAGCAGUCGGAACAGAAGCAGGCGGAUGCAGCCAAGACAUCCGCUGCUGCCCCAUCGGUGGCCAAUCGUUUUCGCACUAAGAAAAUUGGCCUGUUCGACCAGAGCGAUGUGGAGGCCCUCAAGCAGCUGGGCCAGCGGAUGGUGAAGCCCGUCAGGGAGACAAUAUUCGCUGGCAGCAAAGUUGCGAGUCUGGGGCUGCAUGCGCAUGCGGUGAAGAAUCUGGAGGAUCUGCUAAGCAUCACAGAGCUGACGACGGUGCAGCAGAAGACCAUACCGCAUGUGCUGAGCGGCAAGGAUGUGCUCGUGCGCUCCCAGACGGGCUCCGGCAAGACACUGGCCUACGCCCUGCCGCUGGUGGAGAAGCUGCAGGGGCAGCUGCCGCAUAUCAAGCGCACCGACGGCGUCGUGGCCCUGAUCAUUGUGCCCACCCGCGAGCUGGUCGUGCAGACGUAUGAGCUCUUCCAGAAGCUGCUCAAGCCCUACACGUGGAUCGUGCCCGGAUCCCUGCUGGGUGGGGAGAGCCGCAAGAGCGAGAAGGCGCGCCUGCGGAAGGGCAUCAAUGUGCUGGUGGGCACGCCGGGCCGCCUGGUCGACCAUCUGCUGCACACGGCCUCCUUCAAGCUGUUUCGGCUGCAGUUCCUCGUGCUGGACGAGGCCGAUCGCCUGCUGGAGCUCGGCUACGAGCGGGACGUCAAGCAGCUCGUGGAGGCCAUCGAUAAGCACCGGCUGGAGGCCCAGGGACAGGACGAGAAGCUGCCGCAGCUGCAGCGCCUGCUGCUGAGCGCAACGCUGACCGCCCAGGUCCAGGAGCUGGCCGGUCUCGCCCUCAGCGAUCCCCUCUACAUCGACAACAGCGACGAGGCGGCCAGUGCGGCCCUCAAGAGCAAGGAGGGCUACCAGAAGGACUCGAUCGAGGCCCAGCUGGACCCGGACGAUGGCCUGGGUGAGUAUCAGGAGGAUGUGACGGGCGUGCUCAGCAUCCCAGAGAAUCUGCACCUGAGCUACAUCGUGGUGCCGGCCAAGCUCCGACUGGUGGCCCUCUCCUCGCUGCUGGCCAAGGAGCUGGCCGCCAGUCCCAAGCAGUUCAAGGCCAUCAUCUUCAUGAGCACCACCGAAAUGGUGAACUUCCAUCACGACAUGCUCAACGAGGCCCUCACCCGGCGCGUCCUCGACGAGGAUGACGAGAAGAUCAAGGAGAACGACGAGGACUCUGACGAGCAGGACACCAGCACACCGCUGCUCCAGGGACUGCGCUUCUUCAAACUUCACGGCUCCAUGACCCAGACGGAACGUCAGGGCGUCUUUCGAGGAUUCAGGGACUGCGCCAGCUGUGUGCUUUUGGCCACCGAUGUCGUCGGCCGUGGCAUCGAUGUGCCCGACAUCAAGCUUGUGAUCCAGUAUACGCCGCCCCAGACCACGGCGGACUUUGUGCAUCGCGUGGGAAGGACGGCGCGGGCGGGCCGCAAGGGCAGGGCCGUGCUCUUCCUGGCACCAAGCGAGUCGCAGUUUGUGCGGCAUCUGGAGAACAAACGCAUCCGCAUACAGCAGGGCGACAUGUACGCCUAUCUGCAGACCCUGCUGCCGCUCGACGAUGAGGCGCGCACCGUUCAGGAGGCGGCGUCCAAUCUGCAGCACAAGUUCCAAACGCUGCUCGAGGACGAUCGCGAACUGCAUGAAAAGUCCUGCAAAGCCUUUGUGUCCUGGAUGAAGUUCUAUUCGACAUUUCCCAAGGAGCUGAAGCCCAUCUUCAACGUACGCAUCGCCCACAUGGGACACUUUGCCAAGAGCUUCGCCCUCAAGGAGGCACCCACCAAGUUCGCUGGCAAACAUGCAGCACCCAAGGCGCCGCCACCCACCAAUCGACUGACCUACACGGAACGCGAUCCCGAAAAGAUGCAGCAGGAGAAGCGCAGCAAGCGACGCAUCUACACGACCACAGUCAGCGGAGAAGUGCGUCAGAUGCAGCCAAAGGACAUCCAGAGCAAGGAACAGAAGAAGGGAGGAGGAGCCGGAGGACCACCUCCAGCAGGAGGUGCCGUUGGUCGUAGUAGCUUCAUGAAGAGCUUGAACAAGUCGAGGGCCCUGAAUAUAUCCGAGUUUGAUAGCGGCCUGCCAUCGGUGGGGCCGGCCAAGCGACUCAAGAAGGCGUAGUGUGUAGUCCGUGGAGUCCCGUCCGGUUACGUCAUCAGGUGACCAGACCGAGAGGAGUCCGGGAGGACACAUUGCUCCGGCAAAGCUCUCCGGCCACUUUGCGGCUCUUUAUGCGCGCCAUUUUGUUCCCGGCCCGGACGGCCGCCUCUUCGCCGUGCCUGCUCAAGCAUUUAAUCGAAAAGAAUAUUGCUCGGCCGGCUAAGAUAAGAAACCCAACAAAAAAAAAUAAGUUUAUGUAUAAGGAAAAACUCUAGCAAAAAAAAGAAAACGAAAAAUGAAACGCCAAACGAGAUGCGCUCAUAAAAGUUUCAUUUUUCUCAACUUUUAAGCCCGGACGUCCUCUGGGAAAAGUUGUGUGAAACCCAGCGAGCAGGCAGCAUAUUUUAAGCUCAUCCUCCCCACACUUCCCCAUACUGUUCCCCAUACCCUUGCAGAGAGUAUUUUAAUUUUGUUUGUAAAUCCACAGAAAAGGGAGCAACCACAAUGCAACAUAGUACGAGUACCUUCUGUAUAUAUUCUCGAUCUAUAUAGCCAAGUCUGGGCACAACUAAUAGCUGUAACUAAUUACUAAAUUUAUUUCUAAAUUCAAUUUCGGGCUGUUGCUUUGCACGGACUCCACUUUAUACUGCACGCCAAUUGCCUUAGUCAGAACAGACAAGAUUGGACCACUAUAGUCGCAUCUAUUUCUGACGAAUAGUAUACAUAACGAUUAUAUCUUAUAGUGGGAACACAAAGUAACUUCCAUCUGCAAGAGUAUCAAACACUUCGGCCCACGUUGCUCGCUUUCCUUUCUUGUUUUAUGAUUACUUUUCCCUCGUUAACUUGAUGUAAUAUAUAGAUAUAUAUAAUAUUUUUUUUAUAUUCUGCUCCCUGUUUUUUUUUGUAUUUUGUUGGAAAAUAUUAGAAAUCCAUUUUCCGCUCACUGCAGAUUCAUUCAGUUUUGAAAAUGUCAGAGAGUGCGGUCCGAGGCACGGCUAUGGGGCAGGGCAGGCAGGAGCUGGCAGGCGGCACGUGUUGCCCUGAUGGCUGUGCCUCGCCUUUUUAUGCAACUGAAGCGCAUAAUUUGUUGGACAAGGCAUAAAUAAAUAUCAAAAACAUAUAAACACUCGCCCCACGCUCACCGAUUUGUUUUUCCUGGCCUCGUUUAUGGCUUAACCAACUUUUUUGUUACUCUAUUUGGCCAGGACACGUGCCUGUUCGGUGGCAGGGCGGAUCGGGGCACUGGGUAUUAUGGCCCUUAAUAGCGGCCUCUCAAUGAACGAGUGGCCCCCCCCUAAUUAGACGCUCAACGAUUGAUUUUUAAUUAGGCCACAGGCCUAGGAGGGGACGCUCCUUUAGCCUGUCGCCUGUCACUCAAAGUCAAAGUCAAAGUCAAUCAAGCAUGAACAAUCCAGUCGGGCCCCCCAGUCGGUUCCUAAUUACGUGCGAGUGUCAACAUAUGAUUAAUAUUUGUGUAUAAAUGGGUCCAUUAAAUGGAAACCCCUUCACAAGUGCGUGUCUGUAUGCCUGUAUGUACAGUAAGUAAUAAAUAAGAGGUGGCUUGGGCUUUGUUCAGGGUUCGGGUCUGUGGUCAUGCGUAUAGCGGAAGUGGUGCUUGGGAUGGUGUGCCAUUGGUGGGAGCUUCGGCAGGAGCACCAAACUGGAAGGCAACUCGGGGACAACUUACCUUACUUAUAUUGUAAUGUCAAUGGCUUGGUUCUUGGUUUUAAUACUUCUUUAAUUUUAUUUACUAUCUAAAAUGUAGCCUAGGAUUAAUCCUACAUUGCAAUAAAUGU